AUGGGCGCCGACCGGCCGCUGCGCCGGCUGUGGCUGCGGCUGCGGUCGCUGCCGCAGGCCCUGUCGCUGCACCCGCGCGCCCGCCACUUGCUGACGGCCUGCUGGCUGCUGGCCGCCAUCACGCUGCUCCUGCUGCUGCUGGGCGUCUCCCGCUCCUACUACGCGUCGCAGAGGCGCGCCGCCGCCCUGCAGCAGCGCACCGUGUACGUCAUCACCCCCACGUACCGCCGGCCCGAGCAGCUGGCCGAGCUGACGCGCCUGGCGCAGACGCUGAUGCACGUGCCCGCGCUGCACUGGCUCGUCAUCGAAGACGCGGCCCGCACCACGCCCGCCGUCGGCGAACUCCUCGCCAGUACCGGCGUCCGCUACGACCACCUCGUCGCGCCUAUGCCGGAGGAGUGUAACAUCCUACCAGGAGUCAAACCACGUGGAGUGCCACAACGAAAUAGGGGCCUGCAGUGGAUAAGAGCAAACGCAUCGAGAGGGGUCUUGUAUUUUGCUGAUGACGACAACUCUUAUGACAUUCGGUUAUUUGAAGAAGUGCGGUCUACUGAGAGAGUAGCAAUGUGGCCUGUAGGCUUAAUCGGAAAUUAUGGUAUCAGCACACCUGUGGUUGUAGAUGGCAGGUUAGCAGGCUUCUAUGAUCACUGGAUAUCUGAACGAAAAUUUCCUGUAGAUAUGGCAGGGUUUGCAGUGAGUGUAGAAUUCCUGUCGCAGAGACCAAACGCUUUUAUGCCGUAUGAGACUGGGUUUGAAGAAGAUGGUUUUUUGAAGAGUCUGGCGCCGUUUGAGCCCAAUGAAAUAGAACUAAAAGCAAACAACUGCACCAAGGUACUGGUGUGGCACACUCAGACUAAGAAGAAUGAACCAUCAGCACCUGUAGACAUUAAAAAAUACAACAAAACAAAUUUGGUACUUCUGAAGAAACAAAUUGUGUAGGGAAGUUCGUUCACCGUUGAUACAAAUGUAGCUAAAGUGCCAUUGUAACUUUCAGAAUCUAUGAUUUGAAUGUGUUUUCUGCUGAUUUCUUUAACUGCAAGUCACAUUUCAUACUUCUAUUUAAGUACUGAAAAUUUUGGCACCAAGACUUGAACUGAAUAUUUUAUUGUCAAUAAACUCAUUCAAAUUAAAUGAGUUUAUAUGAUAACUUUAUCAUACAUUAAAAAGUUUACAUACUGAUGCUAAAUAUAAUAAAUUCUUCUAAAUCAAAGCACACAUUCAGUUUUGAACUCUCUUUCUGUGUAUUUCUUCAUUUGUAAAGAAUUACUCAUAUCACUACUGUAACAAAACGUUGUCUUUUCUGUAAAUUAAAAAUCAAUAAUUAUAUUAAGAAAUUUGUAGCUGUAAACGGUAAAAAUAUGGACUGAAAUGUACCUGCCUGCAGACAAGUAAGCUGUCAUAUGGCUGUAACAAUUACUGCUACGUUGUUGAAAGAGGAUGUAAAAAGGAACAGAAUAUUUAUUUGUAAUGUGUCUGUGUGGUAGUGUGUCAAGAGGGAAAUGAGGAGAGAGAGAGAGAGAGAGAGAGAGAGAGAGAGAGAGAGAGAGAGAGAGAAAGAGAAAGAGAGAGAGAGAGAGAGACGCAUGAUAACUGCCUAUAAAGAGUGUACAACAUGCUAGGUCAAGGACAAGAUCUGCUCAUAAAAGUAUUUUUACUGCAGUUAUGCAAUACAUUAAACAUUGAGACCUGGGAAUUAUAGAGUUCAAUAAUAUAUUAAUAUUCUUGAAGAAGAUAUUCUAAAAUAUUUUUAUCAUUCAGCCUAUCGAUACAACCCGUUUUGAACAAGAUACAAACAUGUAAUGUUCUAGUUGUGAGUACCCUUGCUAUCGCUCCAGGAUUGUGACACUUGUUGAUUUUCCAUGUGUUUCAUAUAUGGCUUCAUAUAAUAAUGUGCUGAGUCCUGUAACUGUUUUGUAAGGCUGCCCAUUAAGAACACAAACAGUCUGUUAAUUUGCUGGUUAUUCUAUCACUGUACUUUAUAUCCUUGGAGUUAAGUUUUCCUCAAAUUCAUAUAUACUGUAUUAUUACCAAAUUGAAUGUAGAGUAGUCAACUUUUGAUACAGCUGUAAAAGCUGAUUUCUCAUUAGUGUUGGAAAGAUGAUUGAUUGUGAAGUAUUUCUUCUAGGAAGGCAGUUAGAGGUUGAAAAGAAACUGACAAUGACAGUUAAACAUACAAGUACUGUCGAAAAAUUUGUUUAAUUUAGCCUUAGAAAUUAUUGACAUAGAGAACUAAAAGAAUGUAUCAGACUUUAGUUUUGUACAUAUUACGGAAAUUGUUUCCUAAUAUGAAACUAAAAACACUUCAACAGGAACAAUCAUACACAGUGGCAAUAAUUCAGGAGAUAGGAAGUGGUUUCUCUUGCUUACAACAUUUGUUAUUGAUAACUAUAGAAAUGAUUAAGUCUGUUGUAAAUUGUAAAUGGAAACUAGCUGAUGGGAACAGUUGUUUCAUGCACCAGAAACAUAUAAGCAGUUCACAGAAUGUGAUGUAAACGUUAAACUACUUAACACAACCAAUUUUUAUAGAUAAAUAGUUGCUAUUAGCUACAAAUGAACUUUAAUACGUAACAUCUACAGAAGAAGCAAGCCAUUAACUACUGGUUGUAUGUGCUAGAUAAGUGCCUCAGUUUACUGAAAUCAAAGCUAAAAUAUUAAAUCUUAAUUUUCAUAGAAGGGAAAUGAGGUAAAGGUGUUGGGGACGGAAAGCCAACAAAACAUUAAGAGAGGAUACCUUGAUGCUCAAUGGUGUCAAGGCUUAGCAACCCCCUUGAAGUAUGGAAAGGAUGCAAUUUGUAUCAUCUAUGCUACAACAAAACAAACACAUGUUUUAUCACCACAGUAACGUAAACAGAUUUAAUGUGAAUAAAUUCAACAUAUCAUAGCUAUGAGCAAGAGUUCUUUCGCAAGAGAUUUUCAUUAUACUGGUCCAUUAAUAUCAUACAUUGUUCAGUGUCAUUUACUGGUAUAUAUAGAGACCUGCUUUAAGUGUGCAUGUAUGUGCAGUUUCUUUACUAUCUUUUUCCAUUUGGCAUCUCAAACUUUAUAUGAGGAAUUAGUCUGGAAAUGUGAGUGAAAUGGCAGAAAUGCGGGAUCCAGAAAUUCCUGUCCGAUCUGUUCAGUUGCAGUAUCUCCUCAAGGGCUACCAAAGAUGAGACACCGUAAAACUCAUUUCAUCUUCGUACUAUAAGUAUGAGGGUAACGGAAGAGAAAAGAGAACUAAUUUCACUUUCUCAACAUUGUGUAACGGGAAAACCUUACAUACUUGCUGACGAGCUAGUGGCCUUCUGUCCCGGCCGAAACAUUUUCUGUUCGAGAGUUUGGACUCCAUAAAUCGGAAGCCAGUGAUUCGACAGUGUCAACCACACGCAGCCUGAGCGUUCUCGACAGAUCGCAGGGUGUGCAUGUGCGAUAUAGGCUGAACGUUUCUGAUCUCGCUUGCCCAGAGGUAAAAUUAUAGAUUGUUGAAAUAUGAGUAUAUGUGCGAAAUAUCAUUCAUAAAGAGAGUUUUCGCCAUUCAGUAGCAACAGUUGAAAAUCCGUAACUCAGCUAGCAUAUCAGGCAAGGAGAAAUGCAAUACGUAAUCUACAAUCAUAGAUAUAAUGUAAUUUAAAAUAAGUAAUUGGGUACAUUAGUACCUAGCCUUUUUGUUUGGCAUGUUGGGACACAGGUUCCUAUAUGUGUAUUUUUCAAGACAUGUCAUUUAUUAUUUAAAAUUCUAGUAUAGUUAUUGUGGUUAUUUAUUGAACUUUGUAUAUUUGUAUGCAUCAAAAUUGUCUGUUAAUGUACUUAUUAACCGUGUUUGUGAACUAUGAUACAGCGCUAGCUAAA